AUGGCACCAGUCACCAACGCUCGCCACAUCUUCCGGGAGAUACCAGAGGGUAAGUCUCCUCGCCCUUCUAUUUCAGGUGUACCGGUCCCAGGGAAGAACUUAGUUCAUGAUACGUCCGAGACGAUCGACCUGGACAGCGUCCCCUUGAAAGGUGGUAUUCUGGUCAAGACUCUCGUCCUCUCCAUUGAUCCGUUCCAAAGGAGCCGGCUCCGCGAGGAACACAUCAAGGGCUACGUCCCCGCAUUCAAGAUUGGACAACCAAUAUGGAACAUCGGAAUUGCGAAGGUUGUUCGCUCCGAACACGCAGACUACAAGGCCGGAGACUAUGUGUACAACUGGGAAGUCCCCUUCGCCGAGUACGGAGUCUAUACUGAGAUUCCAACGGGGAUGAGGAAGCUUGAGUCGAACGAGGGAAUCUCGUGGCCGGCGUGGACGGGUGUUCUGGGUAUGCCUGGACAGACGGCAUACAUGGGAUGGAAGGAGUACGGAAAGCCCAAGAAGGGAGACACGGUGUUCGUUACUGCGGCCUCUGGACCUGUCGGUAGCGUAGUCGUCCAGCUCGCCAAACUGGAAGGCUGUAAGGUCAUUGCGUCCGCCGGGAGCGAUGCCAAAUGUGACGACGUCCGUGCUAUGGGCGCAGAUGUCGUGUUUAACUACAAGACGGAGAGCACGAAGGAAGUACUGCAGCGUGAGGGACCUCUUGAUAUAUACUGGGACAACGUCGGCGGCGAGACGUUGGAUGAAGCAUUCAUUGCGAUGAGGGAACAUGGUCGUAUCAUCCAAUGUGGGACUAUCACUACCUACAACGACCCGAGCGGUAGCGGACCCAAUGCCUACGGCCUGAAGAACUACUCCGCCUUCUUCCAGAAAGAGCUUUCCAUGUUCGGUUUCCUCAUCCCCACACUUUACCCCAAGUACGCCGAGAGCUUCUUCGCCGACAUGGUCCCGCUCGUGAAAGAGGGUAAGAUGUGGCAUAAGGAGGACGUGACGAAGGGGUUGGAGAACGCUUGCCAGGCGUUGGUGGAUGUGUUGAGCGGGAAGAACCAUGGAAAGAAGGUCAUUCUUGUAGCUGAGGAUUAA